CAACUUGAAUUCAUUAGUUUGGUGGUUGUCUUCUUGCAGGCAAAGCUUCACAUGAGCUCUCAGAAGUUGCGGUAUGGCUGGUUGUCUUAUAUACUGGGAGAGAGAGCUACCAAAAAGUUCAAUGAAUACAGCAAAAUCUUUACUGUGGAGGGCAACUUAUCUUCUGGGAAGGGCAAACUUGCACAACAAAUAGCAGAAAAGCUAGGUAUGCAGUAUUUCCCAGAAGCAGAUACCCAUUAUUUGGACAGGGUCACAGGAGAUGGAACACUGCUGGAUGAUAAAUUUAAUGGUCUUUGUAAUCUAGAGAAAUUUUACAAUGAUCCGAAAUGUCCUGAUGGAAAUUCAUAUCGCCUACAAAACUGGUUGUACACUAACCGUGUUUUGCAGUAUUCUAAUGCACUGGAGCUGCUCUUGUCUACAGGACAAGGUGUCGUGAUGGAACGCUCCGUCUACAGCGACUUUGUGUUCAUGGAAGCGAUGUUUCAACAAGGCUAUAUCCACAAACGAUGUGUUGAUCAUUAUAAUGAAAUCAAGGGCAUCACUAUCUGUGAAUUCCUGCCACCUCAUUUGGCGAUCUAUAUUGAUGUACCAGUCUCAGAGGUACAGAAAAGGAUUCAAGAGAAAGGAAAGCCAUACGAGAAAAAGGUGUCUCCUGCAUACCUCCAGAGCAUUGAAGAUGUCUACAAGAAGUCUUUCCUGCCAAUGAUCAGUGAAACCUCUGAGGUUUUGCGGUACACGGCGAGCGAGGCAGAGCAAAUAGAGAAGGUCAUUGAAGAUAUUGAGUAUCUGAAGUUCGACAAGGGACCUUGGCUGGAACAAAACGAUGUUAGUUUUCAUUACUUGAGGCUUUAUGUGCAGGACAAACAUCAAGUAGUGAACCUUACAACGGUCCCUCUCUACAUCCCAGAAGUCACGAUUGGCGGCCAUGAAUUUGAUAAACUGUAUUACGAAUACAAAUCGCUUCCUGGUCGCAGUUUUGACACCGGUUACAACUCCGAGGUGGGGGACAAAUGGAUCUGGCUGAAAUGAAACCUGCCUCCGGUUGAAGCCCUACCACUGAAUGACCACAGACCUUGGAUGAUACAGAAGCUGCUUGCAAUCUCUCUGCUCACCAUUGGCUGUGUAGGGUGCACAGAAGACAUACAUGCGAAUGGCUUGGAAAUGACCAUGUUAGAGAGGGGCCGCAAAGCAAACCAUCGUAAUAUUUAAUUGAAGGAAACUUGUUUCCUCCUUGUAAAAUUCAGCUUGUGUGUUUUUAUUGUAGGAUGAUUCGCAAUAAUUGUAAUAAUCUGACAGUGCAGCAGUAGCCUCUCUAAGAUCUGCGCGGAAUCGUCUCUUCUUCAAAACCGUGGCUUCCUAUUAUACAGGAUUUGUGAUUGUUCGAAAGAUCUGAAAGAAAUAAAACCUAUAUCCUUCUGAUUUU